UGAUGACAUCGAGAACUCAUUCGCCAUUACAAAAUUUUUUCUCUUUCAAAGACGUCUGGCAAAAGUGAAGUUGCUCUGAAAAAAGUUUGUGAAAAAAUAUAGAAACGUGCAAUUCUAGUUGAAGAAUCAACGCUAAGCUAGUGAAUAGUUUUUUAAACCUAAGAGAUACAUUAAAAGAGAGAUUAAAAAAAUGCGUGGACGAGGCGGUUUCAUUCCACGUGGUGGUGGUACCACACGGGGUGGCUACUACAAUAAUCGCAACUCCAGCAACUAUGUGAACACCCGCACCCAGGGCAAUUACCGGCCCAAUGGCGGGCGGUACGAGAACAACUACCACAACAAUAACAACCGCUACAGCGGAAACGGAGGCGGGGGCGGCGGUAACAGUCACUACGAUAACCGGAGCCGGGAUAAGUUCACCCAUCAUAACUCUAGCAGCAGUGGUCGCUACGAGUCCAGCUCCGGCCACAAGCGCAGCUACGACUCAUCGCGUGACCGCAGCGACGACCGCAAACGCCCGCGUCAAGACGAUUACCGUCGUACGUCCUCCUCGAACGAUCGCAGCGAUCGUCCCUCGUCCUCGUCGCAGAAUGUUGGAUCCUCAUCCUCAUCGAAUUACCAACAUCGCAGCAGCACCGGCGGCGGCGGCAACGGUGGCGGUGGCGGUGGAGGCAGCUCCAGUACAUACCGCCAGCGCGAUGAUUCAACCAGCGGCAGCCGCCAUCAGAGGGAUGGUUCGAUGGGUCCGCCCAAACGGAUGUUAAGGAGCGUGGCUGGCACAAGCUAUAUAUCCCGACCACGUGGCACCAUGAACAUGCGCGGCGGAAUGAUGCGCACCGGUAUGCGGGUGGGUGGGAUGCGAGUAGUUCGCACCCGGGUCAACGAGUCGAAUGACCUGCGUACCAUGCGCCGCCAACUGCUCUAUGCUCAGCAGAAAGAUCGGGCCCGCCUGCUUAAGAUUCAGCAGCUGAAAAGCUCGUUGCGACGCCAACGCCAGGGAGGGAAUAGCAGUGACAACUCCAGUGACAAUGAGGAGAAGGAUGGCGAUGCCGAGAAGAGCAAGAAAAAGAAAAGCAAAGACAAGGACAAUGACGAUGAUGAUGAUGAUGACGACGACGAUGAUGACGAAGACGACGAUGAGGACGAUGAUAAGGACGAAAAGAGUAAGAAGUCAUCGCCGGGCAAAAAGCGCAGCAGUAUCAAGUCAGAACCGAAAGAUGAUAAGAGCGACGCCGAGGAAGAUGACCAUGAUGACGAGAAGGACCAUAAUGAGUCCGAUGCCAAGAGCGCCAAGCAUGAUGGCUCCGAUGACGAGGACGGCGAGAAGGAAAAGGGCGAGGACGAAGCCGGUGACGGCGAUAAGUCCGAUGAGAAGCCCAAAUCUUCGAGCGCUGCCGAAAAGUCCUCCAGUUCAGGUAAGAAGAAGGAUAAGGACAGCGGCGACUCGAAGGAUUCCAAGUCGAAGAAGUCCUCGUCUUCGGCCAAGAAGGAUCGCUCGUCGCGCAAGGACAAGGACGAUUCGGGCGACGAGCGGAGCAAGGACCGCCGUAGCUCCCGUCAUCGCGAUGAUGACCACAACACCAACCGCAAGCGCACCUUCAUCAAGCUCAUUUGCGUUCACUGUCGGGUCAAGUGUGUUACUUUCAAGGAGUACAACUACCACUUGAACUCACGCACCCACAAGAACUCCAUGCGCCAAGUGGCCCUUAACCAGCGCGCUGAUCUUCAACGCAUGCGCGCACGGCAGCGCACCACCCAGCGCGAGAUUGAGGAGAACAGCAAAGAGGAGCAUGAGUCCCGCUAUUGCCGCCUCUGCCGUUUGGCCUACCGCCAGCCCAAGAAUCUUCACCAGGCCUCCGAGCAUCACAAGACCAUCAAGAAGUUCCUGAUGCCGUACUGCGGGUCGUGCCAUUUGGCCUUUAAGAAUGCCAUGCUCUACGAGAACCAUCGCUGUUCUCUAGAUCACAUCCGGAACAAGGCUCGAAAUGACGAGUCUGGGUCGGAUGACAGUGUGGAUGAGCGCGAGAUCGAUUUGAACAAGUUCAUGACCGUGGACUCUGUGGGCGAAAUCGAUGUGGACGUUAUGGACGCCGAUGUGGACGCCAUGGUGACCGAGGCGGAGAAUGCGCUGAAGAGCACCGACGAGGAGACUCGCAAGCGCGGUCUUAUCGGCCCGGAGUACAUCAAAUCCAUUGAGGCAUUCUACUGCGAACUGUGCAAUCACUACUCUGGCAAAGUCGGGGACAUUUCUCUGGAGGAUUACACCAAAAAGCACUGUCUGUCGCAUUCCCACGUCAAGGCCUUCCUGCGCCAAAAGGAUGAGAACGAGAAGAAGAACAAGUCGUUGGAAGCCGAGGAGGACGACCAGGAGGAGGGCGAUGAGAAGAAGGCCGCCGAUGACGAGGCAGAGGCCGAUGAAGAAGAGAUCGAUGCCAAAAUCGAUGAAGAUGAAGACGACGAGGAGGAGGAGUACGGUGAUGAAGAUCACCCGGAUGACAACAAUGAUGAAAAUAUGUGGGAGGCGGUCGACAAGGACCUCGGUGAUCUCCUGGCUGAAGUCGACCAGGAAGAAGAGGAGGAAGAGGACGAGUCUGUGCUCAACAUUGACAUUGAAAGUGAGAAGAACAAGCUGAAAGACGCCAAAGAGGAAGCUAAUGGCGAUGCCGAGGAGGAAGAGGAGAAGGACAACGCAUCGGUUACCAAGUCACCAGAGAAGAAACCCGCCGCUUCGCCAGUAACCCCGAGCAAGGCGGUCAAGCAGCCGGUAAAGAAAGCCACGCCCAAGCAGCCAGUCAAAGCCGCCAAACCAGGUCCGGCUUCCACGAAACGCAAUGUCGUGGUCAGCGUGAAGCGUACCUCGAACGCGACCAUCAAAGCAGCCACCAAGUCCUCGGCCAAUUCGACCAGCAGCGACUCCAAAUAAGUCUCACUUCAUCAACGAAAGCAAAAGUAAUCUAUUUACUCCCUAUAGCCACAACCAAUCCCAGUGAUUUGGUUGCAACAAAAACAAGAAACAUAUUUCAAAUAUAAACAUAACCUGUAGUGGGCUCCAAGAAAAGCACACGACGAUACCCAACCAGAGCUGUCUCCAGCCGGUUUAAUAAAUGUCUAGACCUAACUGAA